AGGUGCAGCGGCAAUCCCGAGAGCCAAAGGAAAGGCCAGGGAGGCGCCGUUGGUUCUGUUUCUUUCCGCCAAACCCCUGUGGCGCUAGCUCUUAGUCUCUGUCCCUAGCGUCCAGUGCGGGCCUUCCGCGUCAGCCAUCCCUUGAGGUUCGUAGGUGGCAGUUGCCCCCCCCCCCACACACUUUGCGGAAGUGAGGGGCGCGCCCCUGCGGACCCGGAGCCUCCAUGGGCCGGACCCCGAAGGCCAAUGUGUGCCAAAGGCUGAGUCGCCGGGCUCUGGGCUUCUUCGCACGCGACGCGGGCGUGGUGCAGAGGACGAACCUGGGCAUCCUGCGGGCGCUGGUGUGCCAGGAGAGUACUAAGUUUAAGAAUGUUUGGACAACUCAUUCCAAGUCACCUAUAGCCUAUGAGAGGGGAAGAAUAUAUUUUGACAAUUACCGGUGCUGUGUCAGCAGUGUUGCAUCAGAGCCAAGAAAACUUUAUGAAAUGCCAAAAUGUUCCAAAUCAGAAAAAAUUGAGGAUGCUUUAUUAUGGGAAUGCCCAGUGGGAGAAAUACUUCCUGACCCAUCAGACUAUAAGUCCUCACUCAUAGCACUGACUGCUCAUAAUUGGCUGCUUCGUAUAUCAGCAACUACAGGGGAAAUCCUGGAGAAAAUAUACCUUGCUUCCUAUUGCAAGUUCAGGUACCUGAGCUGGGACACUCCUCAGGAGGUCAUUGCAGUCAAGUCGGCUCAGAACAAAGGCCCGGUGGCGGCUCGCCAGGCAGGCACACAGCAGCCUGCUUUGUUGUACCUUGCAGUAUUCCGGGUUCUGCCCUUCUCACUUGUAGGCAUUCUAGAGAUCAACAAAAAGAUUUUCGCGAAUGUCACAGAUGCUACCUUGUCCCACGGAAUACUGAUAGUGAUGUACAGCUCGGGACUAGUCAGGCUGUACAGCUUCCAAGCCAUCGUCGAACAGUUCAUGCAACAGAAACUUGACUUAGGGUGUGCAUGCAGUCAGGGCGGGACUACUGGGACUGUAGGAGAGGCUCCUUUUGGCAUUCCUUGUAAUGUUAAAAUCACAGACUCUCCACCUCCACUCUUUGAAGUUUCAUCUCUGGAGAAUGCGUUUCAGAUUGGAGGCCACCCUUGGCACUACAUCAUCACACCUAACAAGAAGAAGCAAAAAGGAGUUUUCCAUAUUUGUGCCCUAAAAGAUAACUCCUUGGCAAAAAAUGGAAUCCAAGAAAUGGAGUGUUGCUCGCUGGAGUCUGACUGGAUCUAUUUCCACCCUGACGCUUCUGGAAGAAUAAUACAUGUUGGUCCAAAUCAAGUCAAAGUCUUGAAGCUAAGUGAGGUAGAAAAUAAUAGUUCUCAGUAUCAAAUCUCUGAAGAUUUCGUCAUUUGGGCCAAUAGAGAAAACAGAAAUGAAAGCUUAGUCACUGUCACAGCUUCUGGACGCGUGGUGAGAAGAAACGUCAACCUUCUGGAUGAUGACCCAGAACAAGAGACCUUCAAAAUCGUGGACUAUGAAGAUGAGCUGGACUUGCUUUCUGUAGUAGCUGUCACUCAGAUAGAUGCUGAAGGAAAAGCUCACCUGGACUUCCACUGUAAUGAGUAUGGAACCUUACUCAAAAGCAUCCCACUGGUGGAGUCGUGGGAUGUGACGUAUAGCCAUGAAGUCUACUUUGACAGAGAUUUGGUGCUGCACAUUGAACAGAAACCCAACAGGAUCUUCAGCUGCUAUGUUUACCAGAUGGUCUGUGACCCUGGAGAAGAGGAAGAAGAAAUUGUCAACAGAAGCGGUUAAGACAGUGAGAUCUUCGUAACUUGAGACAUUGGUGAAACUGUGUCCUAUCCUCCUUAUCUGCAUAGAACAUUCUGCAGUAUUUUCCAGAACAGGCCUUGUGCUAACUUCAAAGGACUAGGUUAAACUCUUGCCACAUACGGUGGUGAGGACUCUAUUUUAUGUAAAUGUUCUCUAGGAUGCUAUCCCAAGAGGCUUAGCAUUUUGAAACUUUUAGACUAGGUGCUAAUGGGAAUAUAAAAAAUGCUAGGGAACAGAAGACAGUUAAAUCCAGGUGUCAAGGAGACAUCAUUGAUUCAGGGAUAAUCAACAUACUUCUUAAAGACUACUACAAAGCUUUAAUUAGUAAGGCUAGGAAAGAAAAAUAAAAAUAUUAAACAUAGAAGCCAUGUGUGGUGGCACACACCUGUAAUGCCAGCUCAUGGCAGGUAGAACAGAAAAAUCAGGAGUUCAAAGUCAGCGUUCGCUAUCUA